GAAAGGGGCGGAGCCUAGACAUGAAGGGUGCUGCGGGCCAACCGGGAGAGCCGCCUGGAGGGAGGGCGGGGCCACGCCGGGUGAUUGACGCCGAGGCCCGACAGGGGAGAGGCGGGGCCAAGGCCUGACUAAACCCGAAGACUUGGAGGCCGAGGGGCUUCGACCCAGCUGAGGAGCCAAAGAGCUGCUGGCAGCGCCGAUCUCCCCAGCGCGCAGAGCCCCGUUGGAAAUCUGAGGAUUUUUUUUAUUUCAGGUGUCCUUUUGACAGAUGGAAAAAAAUGUGAAAGUUAAGCCCAGGCUUACCUUGGUUUGGGAAAUAAGUGAACUUGCCGGUUAAGUAGCAGGCUUAAGAGGAGACAGUUUUGCAAGCUGCAGAGACAGGCUUGCAGCUGCAUUCCAGCAUAGAGAAAGACAAAGUUCUUCAGUGUUUCUAGGGUGCAUAUUUGUGCCAGAUGUGAAGGGCCUUGAUGGGUUCUUUUACUAAGAAUUAAUCGCAUAUUAUAGUGUAUUAGGUAAGAAGGAGAUGCCAGAAAACGUGAAUUCUUCUCUCUGGAUGUUCCCAAUUUAGUAAAAGGUUACAGACCAAUGAAAUUGAGAAACAGCACAACGCUAAAUAUUGAGAGAAGAGACUGAAAACCAAAUAGACAACCAUGUUUUCAUGUGAAUUCAUUUUAGCAGAAUCAAAAACAAACUACUUCUGGAAGGGGCAGGUGUUUUUAGAAGUUUAGCUCUCAAAAUGGGCAGAAUCUUCCUUGACCAUAUCGGUGGUACCCGUCUGUUUUCUUGUGCAAACUGUGAUACGAUCCUGACCAACCGCUCAGAACUCAUCUCUACGAGGUUCACAGGCGCCACCGGUAGAGCGUUUCUUUUUAACAAGGUAGUUAACUUGCAGUACAGUGAAGUUCAAGAUCGGGUCAUGCUCACUGGCCGCCACAUGGUUCGAGAUGUGAGCUGCAAAAACUGCAAUAGCAAACUGGGCUGGAUCUAUGAGUUUGCUACUGAAGACAGCCAGCGUUAUAAGGAAGGCCGUGUGAUCCUGGAACGUGCACUAGUUCGAGAGAGUGAAGGCUUUGAGGAGCAUGUACCGUCUGAUAACUCUUGAAGAAGAAAGAUAAAUCCAUCUUUUCCCAGGUCUCCUUCACUGAAAACAAAAAUCUACUUACAUACACUGUCACCUUAGCAUCAGAGUCGGAUUCAUGAACUGCGGAACAAGAGGGUGUGAGAAUCUUGAGAUGGAAUCUUUCUUUCUCUUUUUUUUUUUUUUUAAAUUUUGUAUUUCCCAUCCAACAGCAGUUUGUAGAGAGAAUAUUUUGCAGAUGCCGUUAAUUUUUUCCCUAUGUUUACAUCUUGAGGCAGAAGAGUCUGCAGCUACAUGGUGGGCUAUAUGAGGGGAAAAAAUUGGGGCUCCUAGAGUGAAAAGGAGUGUUUUGUGUACAUUUUGAGUAGAGAAUAUGUCAAGAGCAUGGUUUUUAAACUUAUUUGGGCUUCAUUUUAAACUUUCUUUUAAACCCAGUUAUUUCACUUAAUUUGCUAGCUUCAAGAAGAGAUCCGAAUCUGUGCCUGGCGCUGGAGGCUCAGUGUUAGCAUGGCUUGUGCUGGCCAGUGUGCCAUAUUCUUGUUGGAGAGGAACUGUAGCACCAGAACCCAUUCUUCCUUGUCAGUCUUGACCCACAGAUGUCACCUUCCCUAGCUCCUUGUCACCAUGUACUUGGUGUUGAUUGGAAACUUUCUGAAAUGGGGCAGAACUGCUUGGCUGUCUUUCCCAUGUAACUUAAGCAUAGUAAUAUAAAUAAAGUGAUAGUUGGA